AUGGCACCUCUAUCCUUCAAGGAGGCUUUCUUACAUUCAACAGUAAUAGUCUUAUUACUUGUUACACUUUUCUUGACCGCUUCUUGUGCUGAAGUUGAUGCCCUUCUAAGAUGGAAAGCAAGCCUCUAUAGCCAAAACAAUAGCACUAUUCUUCUACCUUCAUGGACAGACAAAAAUCCGAACAACAUUUCAGGUCAAAGAAUACUGGUGUCUCCAUGUAAUUGGUAUGGUGUUUCAUGCAAUGUUAAUGGAAUCAUCAACAGAUUAAACCUUUCGUCGUCUGGUUUAAGUGGUACACUUGAUAAUUUCUCGUUCUCUUCUUUUCCGAAUCUUGCUUAUUUUGAGCUUAGUUUUAACAACUUUUCCGGGAACAUCCCAUCUGAAAUUCUUUACCUGUCUAAACUUGUUUAUUUUGAUUUUUCUGCUAAUCGAUUCUCUGGGAUAAUCCCACCGAGAAUUGGACAGCUAAGAAAUCUUGUCACCCUUCACUUGUACAAUAAUCAGUUAAAUGGUUCGAUUCCACCUUCCAUAUGUCAGUUGAGAUCUUUAACCGCGCUUGCUUUGAAUAUUAACCAUCUUUACGGUUCAAUUCCUACAUGUUUCGGUCAGUUGUCCAAUCUUAGUUAUUUUGGACUCAACAACAAUAAUAUUUCUGGUUCCAUUCCUUUUGAACUAGGAAAUCUUUCUAAUCUAAAGUCGCUUUAUUUGCAAAACAAUUUUCUCAUUGGGUCUAUACCUAAAUCUUUUGUCAAUCUAAAGAAGCUAGCCGACUUAAUUCUUUCCAAUAAUAGGUUAAAUGGAUCAAUCCCAACAGAACUGGGUACUUUGGUUUUACUUGAACGGCUUGAGCUACAAACAAACGAUAUCAGUGGUCAAAUUCCUAAUUCUCUAGGCGAACUCAGAUCCCUUUAUAUUCUUCGCCUCUUCCAAAACCAACUUUCUGGUCCCAUUCCAAAAGAAUUAGGAAAUUUGGUAUCUCUUUCUAUUCUAGAGUUGAGCGAAAACAAACUCAAUGGUUCAGUUCCAUAUUCAUUCAGUAACCUACAAAAUUUGGAAAUUCUGAAUCUCAUGGUCAAUCAACUUUCAGGUCCUAUUUCACGACAAUUAGGGAAGCUGAAAUUAGUUAGAAUAGAAAUUAGUCAAAACAGUUUUACUGGUAGUUUACCUGAUGAAAUCUGCAAUGGAGGAAAACUUGAGAGACUCGUAGUCAUUAAUAACAAACUGACGGGUCAAAUCCCAAAAAGCUUGUUCAAUUGCACUAGCUUGAUCCGUCUACGGCUAGAUGGAAACCAGCUCACUGGAAAUGUUUUUGAGAGCUUUGGUGUCUAUCCACACCUCAAUUAUAUAAGUCUCACCGAUAACAAGUUUUUCGGUGAGAUCUCGGACAACUGGAGCAAGUGCAAGAACUUAACGGCCAUACACAUGGGAGGAAAUCAAAUCAGUGGUAAGAUACCGGCAUCCCUUGGAAACUCUCUUCAACUAGAAGUACUUAAUUUUUCUUCCAACUUUUUGGUUGGAGAGAUACCGAAAGAAAUUGGAAGAUUGACUCGCUUGGGGGUACUUGUUUUGAGCAAUAACAGACUUUCUGGUGUCGUACCUCUAGAACUAGGGUCACUUGCUGAACUCUCGUCGCUAGAUCUUUCCACAAAUGUGUUGAACGGGUCCAUUCCGUCUUCACUUGAGAAUUGCUUCCAACUAUUUAGCUUAAACUUGAGCAACAACAAAUUUACUGAUGAAAUUCCAGAUCAAAUAGGUAGAUUGUAUCAACUAUCUAUUCUUGAUCUGAGUCUGAACUCACUCACCGGUGAGAUACCUUCGGCGUUUUCAAGUUUAAGUCGUAUGGAAAACCUCAAUCUUUCACAUAAUAAACUUUCUGGUUAUAUUCCAAAGAGCUUCGAAUUAGUCAAUGCCUUCUGGAAUAUUGAUCUAUCAUACAACCAGUUAGAAGGUCCCAUUCCCAAAAGCAAAAUCUUUAGUAAUGUUUCAAUAGAAGCAUUGAAAGGGAACAAAGGUUUGUGUGGUGAUGUCAGCGGACUGAAAAAAUGUGCAUCAGGAAGACAAGCCUCGAACCGAAAGCGCAAGCUUUUGCUCAUGCUUUCACUUCCACUUCUUGGAGCUCUUUUACUUGGCGGUCUCUUGGGAUUUAUCGUUUUCUAUAGAUGGAGAUCGAAGAGAAUGCUGUCAUCACCACAAAUGGCAGAUAAUAAAAUAUAUAUUGAGGAUUUCUUUUUGAUUUCAACAUUUGAUGGUAGGGAGACUUACCACGAAAUCCUAAAGGCAACCAACGAGUUUAACGAAGCAUAUUGCAUUGGUAAAGGUGGGUGUGGAAGUGUCUACAAAGCAAGAUUGACAUCUGGUGAUACUGUAGCAGUAAAGAGACUUCAGUUUCAUGCGUCCUCUGAGUUAAUCAAUCGUAUGGACUUUCUGAAUGAGAUAAGAGCAUUGACCAGAAUACGCCACAGAAACAUUGUAAAGCUACUUGGCUAUUGUUCACGUGGUGAAAACUCAAUUUUGGUUUAUGCGUAUCUUGAAGGGGGUAGUCUAACUAGUAUUUUGAGCAACAACAACAGUGCUCAAAAUUUAGAUUGGAGGAAAAGGGUGAACAUCAUCAAAGGUGUUGCAUACGCCUUAUCGUAUAUGCACCAUGAUUGUUCACCUCCUAUCGUUCAUCGAGACAUAUCAAGCAAAAAUAUUUUGCUUGAUACAGAUUAUGAAGCGUGUGUUUCCGAUUUUGGUACAUCAAAGAUUUUGAACCAAGAAUCUUCGAAUUUGAGUCACUUAGCAGGAACAUAUGGAUACAUUGCACCAGAACUUGCUUACACAAUGAAGGUAACAGAAAAGUGUGAUGUGUAUAGCUUCGGGGUUCUAACGCUGGAAGUCAUCAAAGGAAAGCUUCCAGGUGAUAUAGUAACCUCUUUAAUAUCUCCACAGCUGAACGAGAAGGUUGACCUUAAAGAUUUGAUAGAUCAACGGCUUCCUGUUCCGCUCCCAGAUAUCAGAAUAGUUAUAACAUCAUUAUUAAUUCUGGCAAAAAGAUGUGUUAAUCCAAACCCCGAAAUAAGGCCUACAAUGUAUGAUGUUUCGCAAACAAUUGCAUCAUUUCUUUGCGACACAACGUACAAACAGUAAUAAAGUUGUGUAGUGACAGUAAAACCUGAAUAAACUAAUAGCAUUAGGACUGAGAUAUUUUAUUAAUGGGUUUAGUGCGACGGAAUGCAACUAACUAUGCAAAAAAAGUUAUAGUGUGCAUGAACUAACGUUUUUGUUUAUUGUAUGCAUAAACUUAAUAAAAAAGUUUAAAUCAUGUAACUUUUUGCGACCGACUAAUCAAAACCUUACACGUAGCCUGUUCAAAAAAAUUUUUUUUUGCACGUGCCAGCUCAUAUUGGCUGUCAUGUAUACA